GCCGUGCAACACGUAUAGGCGCCUCUCCGUUCACCGCUCCGACCGCCCAUGCCAUCACCACCUCCCUCUACGACUGUGCAGUCAUCCGCGAAUAGCGUUCCGUGUGACGCUGGACAACGCAUGUCCAGAUCUCGUCCGUCUACCGGCAUGGGAGGUGAACCUUUGCCAGCGUUGGAAGCGUCGUCUCUGCCGCUCCCGCCCAUUAGCCUUCCAGAUGGCCCGCCGUCGCCGCCACCUUCGAACACUGCUCCGAGGUGGGGGGAGGAGCCAUCGACGACAACGGAUGCUUCUGCCGGCGAGAGCGAUGCUGGGAGGGCUGCAAACAAGCCGCCUCGAAAGUCCUCUCAGUUGUGGUCCGCGGAUGAGCAAGUGGCUUUGGCAAGGGUGUACGGCGAAGAUGAUGCACUAUGUGCCUCUGCUUCAGGACCUCACAGGUGCAUGAGGCGGCAAGAUCGAUUGGAGUGGAUAUCGAAUAGGAUGCGGGCGGAGGGGUACAGGCGCAAUGGUGAAGAUUGCAGGAAGAAAUGGGCGUCUUUGAUGGAGAAGGCAAAGGAGAUCAAUGACAAAUGCGGGAGAUCGGGCGGUGAGAGCUAUUGGGAGAUGACGACAGAGAAGCGCCGUGAACUGGGCGUCCACCCUGCGUUUGACAAGGUGCUUUGGGAUGCUAUGGGGUGGGCACUGAGAAAACCGUCAGUGACAUGUGAUCAUACGUUGGCUUCCGACAACAUGCAGUCGCCGACUGACGAUGUGACAUCGAUGAGGGGCGAGGCUGGUGAAGGUGCAUCGUCAGGCGGCGGUGGAAGGGGAAAGACUGCUCGUGAUGCGUUGGAGGGGUCGGACAGCGGGACAAAAUCGAAGAGAGGAAGGUCGAGAGAGAGGCGAGGGAAUGAUGACUCACCGCAAUCUCUUUCCGUUGCUAUGCGGGAAUAUAUAAAGGCGUACUGUCAGGGAUUGGAGCAGGCCGCUUGCACAAUGGCGAGUGCUACGACGAAAGGAGCCGAGAUUGUGGGUGGGCGGAUAGGGGAGAUGGUAGGGAAGAUCGAGGUUGUGGCCGAUGCAAUGGUAGGUGGGAAUGCGGUGCUUUGCCAACUUGUGAGGGUUCUUGCCGCGCGAAGCUAGGGAAGUCGACAGGGGGGGAAUUCAAAUGAUGGUUUCCUUUGAAUGUCGGAUAUGGGAGGGGGUUUCUUUAUUGGGGGGGGGGGGGGGGAAUAUGGGGUGGGGUGGGUUGGAUAUUUCAAUUUUUUUUUUUGUCGUUCGUGGGUUGACACCCGCUUGUCAAUGGAUCGGUCGGAUACCGAUGAGGCAGAUCACAUUCUGUGUAGGUCGGAAGGAAAAAAACAAAAAAAAUAAUAAAAAAACAACCAAAAA